AUGUAUCAAUGCACAAGCGGGGCUGGCAGCCUAUCAGGUUAUCAGAAUUCGCAGCCGUUAUUGUACAAUCAACAGCAAUUAAAGCAGCCUAUUUCAUAUUCGCAACCUUGGUCUGCCAGUCAGUCACAUCAGGCUGGAACGACUCUACAAGACAUUUCCAAGCGUAAGUCCAUAUCUGCAGCAUCUCCUCAAGCUUGCUACAACUGUGGCGGCUUCAACCACUGGGCUCAAAACUGUCCGGAGCCUCGUCGCGCGGUACCUGCCGGUGCAGUGACCAGCCAAUAUCCCAACAAGCGGCAGAGAAUCACUGCUCCAGUCAUCACUAAAUACCCUGUUCCACCAGUAGCCACUAAUCGUGCCCCUUAUAAUCAGCAAUCGCAUGUUCAACAGAGAGGCUUCACCUUUCCCCCAGCCACUCAGAAUUUGCAGCAAAAUGCUGGCACACCGACGGCAAUGCCAGCAAAAAGCCACCAACCACAGCCAUGGCAGCAACCUGAGUGGGCUUUUAAUACUCUAUCUCGGCGUCAAAGUCAGCAGUGGACUGCGCCCGGAUUGUCUCCCUCGAUUGUUGCAAGCAAUUACCAGUGUACAAGUCCCACGUCUUCGACCAGCAGUGCUUUACAGCAGAACGUUGUCGGUUCAUCAAACUGUGUACGGCAACAUUCUUCAGCUGCUGUAGCAACAUCCAACCAUGCCUUUGCGAAUGGACCAUAUCAAAAACCUUGGCAGGGACCUUUUGCCAAAGAGCGAGAUUCACUCCUGUCCCAACAGCAUGGGCGCAAUCAUCGUCAACAGCCGGAAGGAUCACAGCAGGAUUUACACGAUGAAUCAGCGGAAGAGUCAUGGUGGGAGGACUUGCGAACCCUUGAUUACUCAGAGGACUCUUGUGAUUCCUCUCAUCCUGCCAACCCUGUUGCAGAGCCACUACCUAGCACCAUGACGGACCAAGACUUUGUGACGCGCCUGCCUAUCGCCGCAAGCCUUCCAGCAGGAACACCCGUUUCUAAAUAUUUCCGGAACCUUACUGUUGAGGAUUUGUUACGAAACUCUUCCGAAAGUAUCAGUGGAGCUAAAGACGUCGGUGAUCCUGCUUUUGACAUGCUAACAGAUGACUGUGAAGUUAUAUCGAAGGAUGAGCUGAUAGCAAAGCGUUGUCAGGUUUUUUCUGUUGAGAGAGACGCAGUUUAUCGAGGAGAAGAGCCUGGAGAGCUUGAUUGCAAAAAGACAGCGUAUUCAGAUGAGGCACAAGAAGCCGAAGAUAAUAUCGGUUAUUGUGCAGAGGGCCUCCCAACACCAUGUCAAUCAUUCGAGUCCGAGGAAGAGCGAUCAGCAAGGGAGCAAGAAGAAAAACUGGCCGCACUCGGGGUGACAGGCUUUGCGAAGCCGGUGCGAACAUCAAUUCGACGGUCGACAGCACCGAAACCAACAUCUACACAAGACACGCACACAACUAUUACAUUUGACGCGAAUACGCGUCAUGACACCUAUGCUCCUGCAGAACAACGACCGGAUCCUUUUGAUGGCGUAAGCUGGGAAGGCUAUAGUAGGAGUGGAUCUCCACCACCUCGUCAGCAAGCACUAAGCUUGCAAACUCCUCCAACUAGCGCUUGUCAUGAUUCAUGCUCGAAUAACAACGAAAAUCGUCCUCGACGACUGUCUAGUACCGUUGCUCGAAAUCCUUUGAGUAACUCCCCAACAAAUUGCCAGGAUAGCAGCUGCGAUGCUCCUGGGGCGGGAUCACCUCAGUCAGAGCCAAUUCUUAGCAAUACUGCAAGAGUUGGUACGAACGCUGACAAACAUGCAUCACCAUCCAGUGAUCACAGCGGGGAGGGACGAUCCCGUAAGCGGUCCAUCGGAGAGCUUUCUGCCGAAGUAGAGGAAGGCCCGAAGCGACAAAAGGAAAAAAUUCAUCAAAAGGAGAAACGAAAAGCACCAAAGGUUGCCGCAGCCUACAACCGGCGCUGGUGA